AGCCUGGCUCAAGUGUGUGCCCAACGCCCACCUUAGUUCCGUGUUGACCCGAUCAUCUUCUACUCGCAGCAGAGCGUGCGGCCGCAAUGUUGGCGAGGGCCCCCGCUGCCGUCCUUACCCUCCUGCUCGGCGCGGGCGGCCUGAAGCUCCAUGACCCGGGCCCGGAGCCUGGCGGCGCUGCGCUCGGCCAGGCGAGCGGCGAGCUGGCGGCCACGGAGGAGGCGGCAUGGCCGGGGCUCUUCGGCUCCCCGCGCCGCGCCCGGCGGCAGGCCGAUGCCUCGGAGGGCCUGGUCAAGGGGGCCGCGCCCGAGCAGACUGGCCGCAUCGCCGUGCUGGUGUCGGGAUCCGUGAAGGGCCUCCUGCUCACGCCGCUGCUCGCCAACGUCGUGCGCGCCAACGCUGUGAAGGGCCUCGAGGUGGACCUCUACUUUGGCCUCAGGGAGGCGCUGCCGGGCGCCACCAAGCGCGAGGAGAUCAGCGACCCGAAGAUCGCAAGCCUGCUGUCGACGGUGCUCGGCUACAGUUUCAACAAGGUCAUGGAGUCCAUCUGCCACCUCGCGCGGAGCCAGCUGGCCGCCGGGUGCCACUGGGACCUGCAGUCGGACGAUGGGGUGUCCCUGCCGAAGGACGCGGCGCACCAGGACAUCAUGAGGCAGGCCAGCCCGCUCAGCACCGCCGAGGGGAAGGCGGCCGUGGCGAGGUGGCGCUCGCUGUCCCGCCUGUGGAACAUCUCGCGUGCCAACGAGGGGGAGGACGAGUACAGUGCCGUCGUCGUCGCCCGCGACGACAUCUACUGGCUGGCCCCACGCCUGCUGGACGUGGAGGACUUCGAGUUCGACUCGCUGAAGGUUUCUGCCGUCCCCUGCCUCGACGCCACUGGUGUCAACGACAAGGCGACGAUCAUGGGCCGUGAUGCGGCAGACGUGCUGCUGAGGACGUACGAGGCCUGGCGGGCGGGCGACCCAGCCCUCGCCGGCACGCGCAGCGCGGAGGAGGUGUGGUUCCGCCGGGCCACGGGGGCCGGCGUCGAAUUCAAGCCGGAGCCGAUGUACGCGGCCAUGGCGACGUACACCCAGACUGGGCUGCCAUGCUUCCAGGAACAGAGUUUCCAGACCCAGCAGGGCAUCUCGCAGUUCGCGGAGUGCCUUGGCGAGAGCCUCGACACAAGCACGCCGCUCGCGAGCCUCUUCCAGACCUUCAGCUGCGAUACCAUGAACCCUGCCUUCUACGACCUGCUGUGGCCGCAGCAGGUGCGGCGGCUUCACCAGGCUAUCUAUGACCUGGCGAACAAGGAGGAGAGGAGCCCUGUCAUCAUCACCGUGAUCGACGCGGACGAGGUCGACUCGGCGCUGCUCAUGCUUUCGAGCCUCCAGGUGGCCGGGGAGGAGGCGAGCAGCCUCGUCAUCGGCACCAGCAGCGGCAUUUGCAAGGCCCUGUCGGAGGGCUUCGGCGCCGCCGGCAACCGGUGCCUGGUCCUGCAGCCCGCCCAGGACGUGCAGAGCCGCAUCUUCAAGCACGCCAUCCUCACCACGGCGGCGCUCGCCGGCCUCAGCGACAGGCUCGUGUACGCGUCGCCGCGCGUGGAGUUCAAGAAGCAGCUGACCAGCCAGCUGGCGGUGCCGAGCAGGCGCAUCCACUUCGCCAGCAGCCAGGCCGGGGACGACAGCGCCGCCUGCAGGGAGGAGUUGGGGAGCCCGGACCAGAUCGACAUCGGCGUGAUGUAUCUGUCCGACGCGCCAGAGGCCGCCGACGUGCUCCUGCGCGCGUGGGCGCGGAUGGAGGAGGACAACGUCUCUCAGCAGGAGGCCAUCGUCGGCGCGCUCGAGACGCACAGCAGUGUCGAGUUCGGUCUCCUCUCCUGCGGCCUGCACUCCUCCCAGGCCAAGAGGGCCGCCGUGGAGACCAACAGGGUGCUGAGCGCGCAGCAGCCCCCCGGAGCGGUCGAGAAGGAGAUGAAGAAGGCCCCCGACACGGCCUGGAUCGACCGGCUGCGCGGCGAGGACUCGAAGCAGCGCGUCGCGCACCAGGCCGAGGCGAGCGACUUCCAGAAGCAGGCGGACUGGCAGAAGAAGCAGGCUGAUUGGAAGGACACCUGGGCCCAGCGCAUCCGCGACCUGGAGGCGGAGAACAACUACAAUGAGACCGAGGUGAAGGAGAUGAGGCGCAAGCAGAGGGCCGAGCGCCGCGCCAGCCGCAAGACGCACCACACUAAGCGUGUCCGCUACCUGCCGCCGGAGGAGGCGGCCAGGGUGAAGGCCAAGGACGAGGCGUGGGACGCGGCCAAGGAGAAGCAGAGGCAGGACGACGAGGAGAAGGCCGCCACCCGCCGCGACGAGUUCAGGCGCCAGGUCGAGAAGGCCCAGGCCAUCAUCGAGAGCAGGAAGGCCGCCGCCAAAGCUGAGAACGCCGAGGAGACGGACAUGACUGCUGAGUGAGUGUGCUCGGCGAUUCCCCCCCCCCCGGGCAGCGACGGUACUCGGGAUUGCUGCAGUUUACGCCGGCGGCACCGCUCUGGCGCGCGAGGCCACAGGGCACCCCCGCGGCUCUUCGCGCCCUGGCCAACAUCUUCGGUGAGUCCAUACGCUCCGUAGUUCGGCUCUGCAGAGGAGGGACCCUCGCCCUGUGCUGGUCUCUCAUGGUUCCCCCCGCCGCCCCAGCUUCGUGCAUGUGGUCGCU